AUGUACGCCCCCAAAGUCGGCGACAGGCUAGACACCCUCGACACGCCCUCCAUGGUUGUCGACCUCGACCUCAUGGAGUCCAACAUACAGAAGCUCAUGGACCGCCUGCUGCCAACGGGCGUCAACAUCCGCCCUCAUCUCAAGACCACCAAAAGCGCUAUCUUAGCCAAGAAGCUCGCCGCAGCGGGUGCGAAAGGAGGCUGUGUUGCCAAACUCAGCGAGGCCGAAGUCAUCUGCGCCGCGGGCUUCGACGACUUGCUAAUCACGUGUGAGAUAAUUGGCCCCGUCAAGGUUCAACGACUAGUCGAGCUGUACCGCAAAUUUCGUACCAUCCGCAUCGUGAUCGACAGUGAACAUGGUGCCACCACCAUCAACUCUGCACUGGCCGCCUCGGGGAUUGAAGAGCCCAUCGCCGUACUGAUCGACCUCGACGUUGGACUGCACCGCACCGGUGUUGCUGCAGGCGAACCAGCCCUCGCCUUGGCACGGCACAUCGGAGAGCUGAGGCACCUGAAGCUCAUCGGCGUGCAGGGCUACGAAGGCCAUCUGCAGCACUUGCACGACAAGGCCGACAGGGAGAAGCAAUGUCUUGCAUCGAUGAAGACGUUGACAGAUACAGCAGCCUCACUGCGCGACGCAGGGUUUGACAUCCAAGUCGUAACAACGGGCGGCACCGGCACAGCCGAGUUCUGUGUCACGGUACCAGGUGUCACUGAGGUCCAACCAGGAUCCUUCAUCUUUAUGGACACGGACUACCGCAACGCCGUCGGCAGCUUCUACUCGAAUAGUCUGACCAUCCUAUCGACGGUGCUCAGCAAGCAAGGGCCCAAGAUUGUGACAAUCGACAGUGGGCUUAAAUCAUUGACGACGGAUAGUGGACUAGCUGAAUGCAAGGAUGCGCGGUAUACGUAUGGGGUUCUAGGGGAUGAGCAUGGGUCGCUGAGCUGGGAGCAUGACGAGCCCGCGCUGCAGGUUGGGGAUAGGGUCGAGAUGGUACCGAGUCAUAUUGAUCCGACGAUUAAUUUGCAUGAUGUGUAUUAUGCGCAUCGAAAGGGGGUCAUUGAGGAGAUUUGGCCGGUGGAUUCUAGGGGUAAGGUUCAGUAG